GAAAGAAAAGAUGUUGUCCCGGUUAAGAGUAGUUUCUACCACUUGUACUUUGGCAUGUCGACGUUUGCACAUAAAAGAAAAAGGCAAGCCACUUAUGCUGAACCCGAGAACCAACAAGGGAAUGGCAUUUACUUUACAAGAACGACAAAUGCUUGGUCUUCAAGGACUUCUACCUCCCAAAAUAGAGACACAAGAUAUUCAAGCCUUACGAUUCCAUAGAAACUUAAAGAAAAUGACUAGCCCUUUGGAAAAAUAUAUCUACAUAAUGGGAAUACAAGAAAGAAAUGAGAAAUUGUUUUAUAGAAUACUGCAAGAUGACAUUGAGAGUUUAAUGCCAAUUGUAUAUACACCAACGGUUGGUCUUGCCUGCUCCCAGUAUGGACACAUCUUUAGAAGACCUAAGGGAUUAUUUAUUUCGAUCUCAGACAGAGGUCAUGUUAGAUCAAUUGUGGAUAACUGGCCAGAAAAUCAUGUUAAGGCUGUUGUAGUGACUGAUGGAGAGAGAAUUCUGGGUCUUGGAGAUCUGGGUGUCUAUGGAAUGGGAAUUCCAGUAGGAAAACUUUGUUUGUAUACAGCUUGUGCAGGAAUACAGCCUGAUAGAUGCCUGCCAGUGUGUAUUGAUGUGGGAACUGAUAAUAUCGCACUCUUAAAAGACCCAUUUUAUAUGGGCUUGUACCAGAAACGAGAUCGCACACAACAGUAUGAUGACCUGAUUGAUGAGUUUAUGAAAGCUAUUACUGACAGAUAUGGCCGGAACACACUCAUUCAGUUCGAAGACUUUGGAAAUCAUAAUGCGUUCAGAUUUUUGAGAAAGUACCGAGAAAAAUAUUGUACUUUCAAUGAUGACAUUCAAGGGACAGCUGCAGUAGCUCUAGCAGGUCUUCUUGCAGCACAAAAAGUUAUUAGUAAACCAAUCUCCGAACACAAAAUCUUAUUCCUUGGAGCAGGAGAGGCUGCUCUUGGAAUUGCAAAUCUUAUAGUUAUGUCUAUGGUAGAAAAUGGCCUGUCAGAACAAGAGGCACAAAAGAAAAUCUGGAUGUUUGACAAGUAUGGUUUAUUAGUUAAGGGGCGGAAAGCAAAAAUAGAUAGUUAUCAGGAACCAUUUACUCACCCAGUCCCAGAGAGCAUACCUGAUACUUUUGAAGAUGCAGUGAAUAUACUGAAGCCUUCAACUAUAAUCGGAGUUGCAGGUGCUGGCCGUCUUUUCACUCCUGAUGUAAUCAGAGCCAUGGCCUCUAUCAAUGAAAGGCCUGUAAUAUUUGCAUUAAGUAAUCCUACAGCACAGGCAGAGUGCACGGCUGAAGAAGCAUAUACACUUACAGAGGGCAGGUGUUUGUUUGCCAGUGGCAGUCCAUUUGGGCCAGUGAAACUCACAGAUGGGCGAGUCUUUACACCAGGUCAAGGAAACAAUGUAUAUAUUUUUCCAGGCACUGACAAGCCAAUUGACAGAUGAAGAGCUAGCCCAAGGGAGACUUUACCCACCACUUGCUAAUAUUCAGGAAGUUUCUAUUAACAUUGCUAUUAAAGUUACAGAAUACCUAUAUGCUAAUAAAAUGGCUUUCCGAUACCCAGAACCUGAAGACAAGGCCAAAUAUGUUAAAGAAAGAAUAUGGCGGAGUGAAUAUGAUUCCCUGCUGCCAGAUGUGUAUGAAUGGCCGGAAUCUGCAUCAAUCCCUCCUGUGAUAACAGAAUAGAAGCACUCCCCUGAUAAAUACUUUCUGUGCUCCAGGGAAUCCCUUUUUUCAGACAAGAAGAGAUAAUGUUCUCAGUUUUAUGGUGUUUUAUGUGUUUUGUUCUGCCCAGCCACUUUGGUUGACAUAUUUUUUUCCAUGCGUCUCCACAUCUGUUGGGGUAGACGUGUUGAUUGAUUGCAUUGCCCACCAGCACCCUACAAUCAGAUAGUUGUGAUGCUUUAAUUCUAACAUACAGCCCAUACCACGUCCAGGAGAUGUAAAAAGUGUGUUUGUGAAUGUCUUCACUUGUAUUCUAAUUCAGACUUGCCAAAGUAUUUGCUAUUUACUAUUAUGGGUAAUAAUCUUCUCUCGCCUGGUUGUUUUAGAGCUACUAAAAUAGAAAUUUACUUUUAUGGAUAGAAGUACAGAAUUUUGAGAAGAAACUAAAUUUUAAGGAAAAAUUGUCAGCAUCUAAAAAUGUUCUUCUACAUCUGCUUCAUCUUACCUUCAUACUCUGAAAUUCCCUUAUAGCAGACAGAGCUAGGGAAACAUUAAAAUUUUACCCUAUUUAUUUUCUGGAACUAAAUCAAGGCUUAACUAUAACAUUAUGAGAGUAAUGGGAACUACUGCUGGCUUUAAAUAAAUAAAAGUCAUUGUUUUCAACAGUGUAUAAAAAUAAUGUAACCUUUUUAUUUAAUAAAUAUCUUAAAUUUAA